UGGGGACAGGUGAGCACAGGCAAUUACGCGCGUGGGAGGGCCGAUCCCGCUCGGGGGAAGGAAGGAAGCUGAGGUCAAUACCCCUCGUAAGAGAGCGGCGAACUCACGCGGUGGCGUCGAGGGCCACUUCUUCCAUAUCAUCACGACGAAUGUGACCCGUGGGCGAGGAGGACAGGGACUUCGGAGUCUGGCAUUUUCUGCCGCCGGGAGAAGCGGGGGUAUUUAAGGAAGUAGGCGGAGGCUUUUGAGAUCGCCGCCACCGUCCCCUGUUAUCUGUGAUACAGUGGUCUACAUUAGACGUGCGGUGCGAGCUGUCUACCCUUUCCCCCCUUUCCCCCCUCGUCCAUCCACCCAUCUUCCCUAACACCGCGAUGUCGUCUCCUCCCUGCGUCCAUUGUGCUGCUCCCGCCCCCACUCGCGCGGAGGACGUGUACAACUUCAAUUCCUUCGUGAACUGGGAGUACGACUAUACCCCAUCCCCGGAGGGAAGAAUACAUAUGCAGCACGGUCUCCCCACCAGCGCAUACCCAGCUAUGCAAGCCGCAUUGGCUAACUCGGCGUGCGAGGAGGUUGAUGUCUGGUCGAAUCCCUUCCUGGAUUUCAGACAAACGGAUCUCUCGCAAACUCCCGAGCUCGAUAUCACUCCGACAACCUCCACCAACGAGCCUCGGGUAGUCUCUACCGCCUUCAACGCGCAGACCACCCCCAACCUCGACUACCCAGCCGACAUACAGCUCGUCUCCACAGACGACGUCUACUUCUACGUCAGCACCGCCGUCUUGAAUGCUUCAUCCUUCAACCGCUUCACCGAAGCGCUCACCGGUCCUACCAUUCCCUGUCGCGGUUUUCCUUGCAAGCGCGUCCCCGAGCGCGCGGAGGUGCUCAAUGUCCUGCUGCACACUGCAUACGGCGUGUCCCCCUCUGCCUUCGUACCCUCUCUGACGACGCUCACCGACGCCAUUGGGCGGUUACCAACGUACGGCCUAAACCCGAAGGCCCACGUAGCGCCAGGAGGACCCAUCUUCGAGCUAGUGCGCGCGCAAGCUGCGCUUUCCCCGCUGCAUGUCUACACAGUGGCUGCCAUGCACGACCUCUUCCCCCUUGCGCAGAUGGUCUCACCCCAUCUCCUCUCGUACCCCAUCUCGUCCAUGACCGACGCGCAGGCAAGCGGGAUUGGUGCGGUAUAUCUCAAACACCUCUUCCUUCUACACCGCCGGAGGGUGGACGCGCUCAGGGACCUGCUCGCCCAGCCGCCACAAUUUCAUCCGGCGACGGACGCCUGCGAUUAUGGGGCGCAAAGAGGUCUCGCGCGCUCUUGGUCCGCCGCCGCGGCGACGGUGCUUUCGGAGGCACGCCCAGACACCUCAGUUGGCGCCAUCGAGGACGCGUUCAGGGGGCUGAAAGCCAGUUUGACCUGCGCUGAAUGCAGGAAGGGUUUGGAGAUCCGGGUUAGGAGGGCAGUAGUUGAGUGGACGAUGACUUCGACGUCCAUCUGACCGGAGCUAAGACGGGCGAUCCCCGCUGAGCUCGGGCGCUUGGUGAAGAUCGGUGGCGCUAGACAGGACAUUGGGUGAACUUGGUGUAAUGGACGUAUUUGUUUAUCGGUAUAUUCUGACUCGGCAGACGGACGCCACUGUAGCACCGCGCGUGUAGCUGAAUCCUAACUCAGGAGACGAAUGCAUUCUUGUCGCGUAAGGAUGCUCGUGACCCUAUGUUUAGUCG